ACCUUCCCCAGCUUCAAGCUCGUCACCAGUCGACGCAGUCCGGGUCAGCCCAACGCGGCGAUGGAGCGCAUCUACUCGGCCUUCUUUACGACGGAGCGGCGCCGUGAGCCACCAGAGCUUACGGCCGCGGCACUCGAACUGCAUAACGAGACGCAGAAGUCGCAGAGGCAGCCACCACUGCUGCGUCCUGGAGGCGACAGUGGCAGACGACGGCCUGAUGCGAAGGACGAAUCGACCCACGAGACUAAGCGACAUGCAGCCGCUAGACGCCAGGAGGUGGAAAAGAUGGUGAUGAACUGGAUUAGCGUCAAGAAAGAUCUGGAGGCGGCGUGUCAGGCGGCGGCCAGAGCUUUUUUGCUAGCCUAUGGAGCCAAAGCCUUCACUGCUGUGUUAUUGGCCUCGAGGAAAUGGAGCAGUCUAGAAUACGGCUAUGCUGAUGCAGCCAGACUGCUGUUGAAAGGGGAUACGCUCCGCUUUGGUGUUUUCUUCGGGAGUUUGGUGGGCAUCUUUCGAGUUACGGAACUCGUGACACGAGCAGCUCGAGGUGGCGAAAGAGAUGCCAUCAAUUUGGCUAUCGCUGGGGCAGUCUCCGGCUCAGCGUUGCUGUUAGAUUCGCCUUCAAGGCGCAACACCAUCUCGCUAUAUAUCUUUGUGCGAAUGUUGGAUGUGGUGUGUCGCCAUUUGAUGUCGAUUGGAGUCUUACCGACGUGGCGAUACUCGUCGGAAAUGCUCUUUGCCUUGAGCAAUGCUGCUAUCAUGUAUGCAUUUGUUGUGGACCCGAGUCUGUUACCAAAGGGUUAUUACCAUUGGAUUUGUCGAAUUGGUGCCGUGAACCACCACGGGCUGGAAUACACCAUUCGUCAGCGUAUGCGUGGUCAACUUGAUACGCACGGAAACCCGCUUCCGUUCCGCUUGUGCCAACCACACUACCACAUGGAGUCGUGUGUGACGCACGCCAUCAAGGAAUGGAUUAACGGCCUGGGAAGGUCAAUGCAAAUCUACCUUCCUGUACACUUCCUCCCGGCGAUGUUCUUUCGCUUCCAGCAGCUGCAGGGAGCUCCGGUGUCUACAACUGCGCGGAUCUCCUAUGCAGCCCUUUGCUCUUCGGCAUUUCUCACAUCGUACCAGACGGUGGUAAAACUUGUCGUUUGCACGGCUCGCAAUGCUUUCCACCGAGACUUCGCUGCAACAUCACUGGUUGCUGGAGUACGUUAAAUACUUCCUUUUCCGUGCUCCGAUCCAGCUUUUCUAACGCCGGUGUAUUUAUCAGAUCGCAACGGGUGGAGCUCUCUUCUUCGAGCAUACCAAGCGCCGCUUUGAGCUGAUGUUGUAUUGCUUCCCACGCGCACUUGACAUCGUGUGGCAAGUUUUAAAACGCCGCGGUCUUGUGCGUUACGUGAAACACAGUGAGGUCGUGCUAUUCUGCCUUUCCAUGUCCCUCAUCAUGUCAACCCCGGCGCGUUAUUUCAAGCCGACUUACCUUCGAAUCUUGCGGUUCAUUUUUGGUGGCGACAUUAUUUGAGAACCCCAUAUUUCUUCAAGUGCGUGAUAAGAUAAGCUUAGGCAAAUAUCCACACAAAAAUGCGAGUAAAAUGGCAACCAAAAAAUCAAAAUCAAACGGUUGUGUUUUUCUUCCAGACACCAA